AUGGACGCCAAAAUAGAACAUGUAUCGGUGAUUCUACCCGUCAGCAAUGAUCCGGUCAUCGUUGGGAAUGUUAGCUCUAGGAAAAGCUUAAAACGACAUUGGAACCAGUUGUCUCGGUUCCAAAAGAAUUUAGCCUGCAUCUUACUGGCCGGUAUGUGCAUUUUCUACGUCAUAUUUUUUGUGCUACCAUUCAACGAUCCGUCCCGCAGCUCAGAUGCGAUUGAUCCCAUGGAGCACAUCCAGAUAGCACCAUUUAAGGAAAGGCAUGAGCGAUUUGCAUCUUCCAUGGUGAAAGAGAUUAAGCUCACCGACAGUUUAGCAAACCCUCCGACGGAGGAAGCACUUGCGAAACCGGUCGGUCAGCAACCGGAAGCCAAUCUUAUGCAGCUCGAAAUUGUGCACAACGAACCGAAAGAGAUCGUCGACAACGAAGAGAACGUGCUGGAGGAAAAUCGACGCAUGCCGUUUGCUGGUGCGAAAGAUUUUAAGGGUCCAACAAACGACCGGCAAAGGGCCGUGGUGGAAGCGGUACAACAUUCGUGGAAGGGCUACAAAGAAUACGCCUGGGGCCAUGAUAAUCUGAAACCCAUUUCGAUGGGUUAUUCCGACUGGUUCGGGCUCGGUCUAACGCUGGUAGAUUCGCUCGACACACUUUACAUAAUGGAUCUGCAGGACGAGUUUGAUGAGGCGCGCAGCUGGAUCGAGAAGUACUUAAAGUUUGACAUUAAUCGUGAGGUUAAUCUUUUCGAAGUGACGAUCCGUGUUGUCGGUGGCCUGCUGAGUGCGUAUCACCUGAGCGGUGAUCGCAUGUUCUUGGACAAAGCGGUCGAUCUUGGAAAUCGCUUGCUGCCAUGCUUUGAUUCACCGUCCGGAAUACCAUUUUCGGAUGUGAACAUCGGAUCGUUGGCUGCACACGCACCCAAGUGGUCACCGGACAGUUCAACGAGCGAGGUGACGACAAUUCAGCUUGAAUUCCGUGACUUGUCGCGCAGCUCGCAGAACCCCGUCUUCGAAAAGGUAGCGGCCAGAGUAAACCUUAAAGUACACGAACUGGACAAAAAUGAAGGAUUGGUACCGAUCUUCAUCAACGCUAAUACGGGACAGUUUCGUAACUUUGCUACUAUUUCACUAGGAGCGCGAGCCGAUUCUUAUUACGAGUAUUUGCUCAAGCAGUGGCUUCAAACGGGCAAAAAGGCUGAAGACUAUCUUAUCGAGGACUAUCAGCUAUCUAUGCGCGGUGUCCUGAACCAGCUGGUACGCACCACUCCCAAUGAAAAACACGUCUAUAUCGGUGAGCUGCUUAAUGGGAAAGACUUCAAGCCAAAGAUGGAUCAUCUAACGUGCUACCUGCCUGGUACCCUGUUGCUCGGCUACAAGAACGGCAUGCCGAAGACGCACUUGCGGUUAGCGACCGAUCUGCUAGAAACAUGCUACCAAACGUACAUGAAGCAACCCACACAGCUCGCACCCGAAAUAUCGUACUUUAACGUGAACGGAGAGUCUGAAACGGAUAUCUACGUGAAGACGAACGAUGCGCAUAAUCUGCUGCGACCGGAGUUCAUCGAAAGCCUAUACUACUUCUACGCCAUAACGGGUAACCGCACGUACCAGGACAUGGGCUGGACGAUCUUUGAAGCGUUCAAUCGCUACACGAAGGUGAAGAACGGCUACACCUCGAUCGGUAAUGUGAAAAAUCCGCUCAAUACGCGGCCCCGCGACAUGAUGGAAAGCUUCUGGCUUGGGGAAACGCUCAAGUACUUUUAUCUGUUGUUCAGCGACGAUCGAAACGAGAUCGAUCUGGACAAGUAUGUGUUCAAUUCGGAAGCCCAUCCGCUACCGAUACGGGAAGUGUAA